GAAUCAAAAAAAUGUCAUAUCUACUUACGGCAAAAAAUUUGCGAGUGACGAAUAUUCGAUUUACAUUUUCUUUUCAGUUAAGGUUUUUUCCGACAUUAAUUGCUGGGUUUGGGACUCUUUUUGAGUAGUUUUGUUUGUGUUUCAAUUUUUUUGUAAGAAAUACCGUUGCUGUGUGAACGUUAUAAAAUAAUGCCUUGACAAAUGGGUAUUUGAUGAAUACUUCAUGGAUGAGGGAAGAUCUAAAAAAUCAAAAUGAGUAAGAUGUCAAAGAACAAACUGAAUUUGACCCUUCCACCAGGGUCAAUAGACACAAACCCAGCUGCCACGCCAUCUAACAUGACACCACAGCUCAAAUCUGCUACUGCAAAUGAGCGGCAAGGGUUAGCAGGCAAGUCAAAGACAAGUAUAGAGGCUUUAACUGAGAGACUGGAGCAAAUUGAGAUGGAUGAUACUCAGAGGCGCAGGAUAGAAGUAUUCCUCUGUCAGAAAGAGAAGAUUGGAGAGCUGAGUGAUGAUGACUUUGAGAAGCUUGGUGAAUUAGGCCAAGGCAACGGUGGAGUUGUAAUGAAAGUUCGUCACAAAUCUACCGGACUCAUCAUGGCACGCAAGUUGAUUCAUCUCGAAGUGAAACCGGCUAUAAAAAAGCAGAUAAUCAGAGAGUUAAAAGUACUUCAUGAAUGUAACUUUGCACAUAUAGUUGGCUUCUAUGGAGCAUUCUAUAGUGAUGGCGAGAUCUCUAUAUGCAUGGAAUACAUGGAUGGAGGGUCAUUGGAUCUUAUAUUGAAGAAGGCGGGAAGAAUUCCUGAAUCUAUUUUAGGAACAAUCACAUCAGCAGUUCUCAAAGGUUUGAGCUACCUUCGCGAUAAGCACGCCAUCAUGCACCGUGACGUGAAGCCAUCGAAUAUACUUGUUAACAGCAAUGGCGAGAUUAAGAUCUGUGAUUUCGGUGUUUCGGGGCAGCUGAUAGAUUCAAUGGCUAAUUCUUUUGUUGGUACCAGGAGCUAUAUGUCACCGGAGCGUCUGCAAGGCACUCAUUACUCAGUGCAGUCAGAUAUCUGGUCGUUGGGUUUGUCUCUAGUCGAAAUGGCCAUUGGAAUGUAUCCAAUUCCACCUCCUGACGCUAAAACAUUGGCAGCUAUAUUUGGUGGGCAGAAUGAGGACCACUCACCGGGCCAGGCGCCGAAUUCACCGCGUCCGAUGGCCAUAUUCGAGCUCUUAGAUUACAUAGUUAAUGAACCACCACCGAAGCUUCCAUCUGGCAUCUUCUCUGAUGAAUUUAAAGAUUUCGUGGAUCGCUGUCUCAAGAAAAAUCCUGAUGAGAGAGCGGACUUGAAGACUUUAAUGAAUCACGAGUGGAUCCGGAAGGCGGAAGCCGAGAAGGUGGACAUCGCUGGAUGGGUGUGCAAGACCAUGGACCUAAUGCCUUCCACGCCGAACUCCAACGUGUCUCCUUUUUCUUCAUAAGCUGCAAGAAGUGCAUACUUUCAUCAGCGAAAAAGGGUCAAAACAUUUCCCAAGAGAAAGCGAGCGACACGAUCAGUGAGGACGUUGGCGAGUAGAUGCCCUGAGACCACCCGAUGACAGUUCACUGUACGUCAACUCUAGGUACCAUUGUCCGGACCGCAACACACGCGACCACAUUCAACCUCACUACAAACGAAUAUAUAACUUAUGGAGACGUGAUAAAGGCCCGAUUUGUAUGUACACGUUAUUCAUUUUAUACAUCCCUUUAAAAUCGGCGUUGACACAACGUAAUAAAGGUUUUAGUGUCCUAUAAUGGAAAUCAUUUUUGAUGUUUUAUUGUUUAAUUAAAAAAAAUAGAAAAUUUUAUAAAUCCUAAAAAAAUAUCGGGUCUUAAAAUCAUGUCUCGGAGUGUUAAAGAAAUUCACAUUGCAUCACGAAACACUAGUAUUGUUCGUGAUAUAUGUAUGUCAUCGAAUUAUCAAAAUUUAAAUAAAUUUAAUUUAUUAGAAAUUGGCUAUAACUUAAGGUAAAAACUUUCGUAGGAAUUAUCGACAAGAAAGUAAGUGUUACAGCACUACGGGUACGGAGCGUAAUCGAAACGGUACGAUCGCCGAGGCGGGUUUUGGUGUCGAAACUGUACGAGAUACAGUUUUGAGAGUCAGAAUACUGUCGAGCCGACCGCGCUUCGGAGUUAUGACUUUCCUUUUCAUAUACAAACUAUAUGAUUGCGUGAAAGUAGUGAAAGAUUUGAAGUAUCGAAACGUAACCAUCGUAACAAGGUGUCUGAUAGAUAGGGGUAACUUAAAAAAAAUAGCGAAUUCGUGGACGAACUAAUCGAGGUAUUAUGCAAUUAAAAAAAAAAAAACAACUAAUCGAUAAAUGGUCGAGUAGAGUUGAUUUCACUAGUCGCAAGUCGAAAAAAAAAAUGUUUGUAGUGUUUUGACAUAUUUUUCUUUGCUGAAAGUGCGUAAUUCAUGUCAGCUGGUAAACGUUAUUCGAAUAGUUAAUAGGAUUGCCUCGCUCGAGGCAAGUCCGGAGCUUUGGAAUACUCAAACAACUGCAUCGAUGCGGUUGUGGGAGCGUUCCAAGACUCGACGUCAUCUUUGUAAAAUAGAAUUGCAUUUUUAGAAUACACGUGAAAAAUAUAUUAAAAUAAUGAAAAAAAAUUAUAAAAAAAAAAUAUAUUCGUAGAGAUAAUAUUUGACGUGUUGCACUUUAUCGGUUUGAUUUUUUUUUCUUGUUUUGAAACGCUUCGUUUUAGUCGGUCCUUAUAUUUUUUUUACCCGCUCUAUUCCUUGCACCGAGUGUAGAUAGAUAGACACCGUAAUAUCUUAUUUAUACGCUGUAUUGAACGAACGAAUGAAUGAAUGAAUAGAAAUUGUAUUCGAAAGCACAAGGUUCUGUAUAUACUGCGUAUAAUGCACGCGCAUUAAAAAUUCAAAGUAUAGAUACGUCUUAAAUAUUCAAGAUAGUUUUGAAAUCGAAUAGAAAUUUAUUUUCAGUUGAAAAAAAACUUAACGCGUCAAUUAGAUUUCCAUUCAUGGUUCAUUUACUUUAAUGAAUUAGAAAUAUGACUUAGCAAUAGAGAAAAAAAUUAAAUCUAUGUUGGACGUAUCUAUACAAAACUAAAAGUAUAUAUAGUACACGUUCAAGGGUUUGAAAUAUACUAUACACAGAGAGCUUGCUUAAUACAUCCUGCUCACUAACAUUACCCGCUCGAUUUGAGUUUGUAUCCCGCAUGUGUUAAUGUCCUUCGCUUAAUGGUCGAUAUGAUUUGCCCAGUCGUCACCGUAACGGCUGUCUCGUUUAAUGGGAUUAAAAUGUGGUCUCAUUUACAAUAAGUUUUAGUUGAAGUAUUGAUAAUAUAUAUAAAGGAUAUCCUUUAAGUAAUAUUAUACGUCAAAUUGAAAUAUAUGUAUAUACAUUUAUUUACUGCAAUGGGUCUUGUAUAUUAUGUUUUCUGAUUGAAAACCAUUAGACAAGCACUAGAAACAACCUUAUCGUCGAAGUAAAGAAAAUUCUUUUAAAUACAUAUUUAUGAACCUUAAAAUCAAGUAGAUUAGAUGAAUUUUAUCAAAAUAUAAAUGGGCCACGUAUGCAUAUUGCAUUUUUUUUGUGAAGUGUUUUGCCUUUCGUUGUUCAGCAUUUAUAUUUAUAUUUAAGUAUUAUUAUUGUUACAUUAGGUGCUUAUAAUUUUUAAAGAAAAAAUCAUACAAAAAUAUUACGUAUUAAAUGUGUUAUUUAGAUAGGAUUUAUAUUUAACGUGAUGAAGAUUAAGUCAUAUGAUUUGCUUAUUACGUGAGGUUGUGUAAUUUGCUAUUCCAAACAUUUUAGGACGUAAUGUGAUUGUCUUUGGACGCAACGUAAUUUAUGAUUCCAAAGUAUAGACAGAAAAAAAAUCUAUUAGGUUAUAUCAUAAAUAUAUACCUUUUAAUGAACACAUACCUUGAAAUUAUUUCAUGAUAUUUUGUAAUAUUAUAAAGACUGUAUUUUUAGGUGAUUAAUUUAAAAAUACACAACCAUUGUUAUUCGCUUUUAUUUUGUUUAGUUAUAAUCGUUAUUUUUGAUGCACACAUUUUUGUAUUAUAAAUAAUCUAUAAUUAUAUUGUAUUUUAAAAAUUAUGUACGAUCUCUUAAACGCUCAAUGGGUGCAUAAUAAUUUUCUAUCUAAUAAUGACGACACGAAAAAUACGUUAAAUCUUAAAUUUGAAGAUAAAUGAUUUUAAAGUUCAGUUUUUUUAAGCUAUUGCAUAGCUUUUAUCGCAGGCCUUGAGCGCGACGACCGAAUCAUGAAAUUCCGUAACGAAAAAAACCUAACACCCCUCACUCCGCCUACCAUGUAGCUCGCGUUCAACACAUUCACACGUUGCGCUUGUGUAGUGUUGAUGAAUAAGAGCGUGGCGUGACGUCACACUGUAUGCCCAUCAUGAAAAGUCUGCCCAUCUCUCGCGCGGUCUAGCUUAUGAGUGUGAAGGGGACAGUUAAUGUUUUGCUUUUAUUAAUGUUUAAUAUAGCGUGGUCUUGUUUUAUUAUUGUUUUAAUAUUAAAUUAUCAUUGUCUAAUUAUAAUUGCAUAAGUUGAUAAAAAAUGCUAUGCAAUAGCUUAACCGCGGCAGUCCCCGAGUGCCACACGUUUGUUUUUUUGUUUCCAAAACCGAAAGAAAACUUUUACGGCUAAUUAGUGUUUAACGUCUGACACCCUGUCAACGUCCCGUUAACAUUGUUAUUGGCUAAAGUUGCGCUAAGACCAGUAAACAGAAUUCUAGCUACAUGAAUACAUAGUGUUGGGCGUUUAAUCUAUAUUUUUUAAAUUAUCUUGUUUUGUGUAUAUCGUUCAACGCGAACUCUUUAUUAUAAGCUUCUUUAGUAUCGAUGAGUACGCGUAUGUACAAAAUAAAUGUUAAAUUAA